UUUACGCUCCGCUCUGAGACCGAGACCAAAUCCGUGCUCGCGCACGAAAUCCAUUUACACUCCAGUAGUAGAGAGGGCCCUGAUCCAGUCGCUUUGCUCCGUAAAUUAAACAAUCCGUUCGGUUAAAGCCCCGCACAAACGGUAAAAACGUACUGAAAGCGGCGGCGGUCCCUCGGCGAAUCACACUGACCGAGCAGGAGCGGUUUGGAGAGGAAGAAUGGCGGAUUCGAGCAGCACCGCAGCGGUCGGGGCCGCAGGCUCCAACAGCGCUGCUGCUGCCGGGGCGGCUGGCACGGUGGCGCAGGAUGGAGCGCCCGCAGCUGCGGGACCCAAGGCCGAGUCUGUUAAGGGCCAGAUUUUUGAUGUGGGCCCCCGCUACACGAACCUGUCCUACAUCGGGGAGGGGGCGUACGGAAUGGUUUGCUCUGCUAUGGACAACGUGACGAGCCAGCGCGUAGCCAUCAAGAAAAUCAGCCCAUUUGAGCACCAGACGUACUGCCAGCGCACACUGAGGGAAAUCAAGAUCCUGCUGCGUUUCCACCAUGAGAAUAUCAUCGGCAUCAACGACAUUCUCAGGGCACGACACCUUGACAACAUGAGGGAUGUCUACAUCGUGCAGACUCUGAUGGAGACGGACCUGUACAAGCUGCUGAAGACCCAGAGGCUGAGCAACGACCACGUCUGCUAUUUCCUCUACCAGAUCCUGCGAGGCCUCAAGUACAUUCACUCAGCCAACGUGUUGCACCGUGACCUCAAGCCCUCCAACCUGCUCAUCAACACCACCUGCGACCUCAAGAUCUGUGACUUUGGCCUGGCACGGAUAGCCGACCCCGAGCACGACCACACAGGUUUCUUGACCGAGUACGUGGCCACGCGUUGGUACAGGGCUCCAGAAAUCAUGCUCAACUCAAAGGGCUACUCCAAGUCUAUUGACAUCUGGUCAGUGGGCUGCAUCUUGGCUGAGAUGUUGUCCAACAGGCCUAUCUUCCCCGGGAAACACUACUUGGACCAGCUCAACCACAUACUGGGCGUCCUUGGCUCGCCUUCUCAAGAUGAUCUGAACUGCAUUAUCAACAUGAAGGCGAGGAACUACCUGCAGUCCCUGCCUCAUAAACCCAGGAUCCCCUGGGAGAGUCUCUACAAGGCAGACUCAAAAGCUCUGGACCUGCUGGGACGCAUGUUGACCUUUAACCCCGUGAAGCGCAUCAGCGUUGAGGAGGCCCUGGCUCAUCCUUACCUGGAGCAGUACUACGAUCCCACAGAUGAGCCGGUAGCAGAGGAGCCCUUCACUUUCUCCAUGGAACUGGAUGACCUUCCUAAGGAAAAGCUGAAGGAACUGAUCUACGAGGAGACUGCUCGUUUCCAGGAAACCUACCAGGGCUCCUGAGACGCACAGCCCUAAAGAGUGACAAAGCCACACCGAGGCUUGGAACAAGAAGACCCCAACGACAUGCUAAAACAAAACGAAAAAUGCAUCUUCAAGAAACCGACAAAAAGAGAAAACAAGAAAUGAACAUUUAACUGCUUAUCUUUCUAUUUCUACUGCAGGAGAGCUAAGUUUAACUUUUUUUCUGUGGUGGGGUGGGGUGGGGUGGUAGGGUCUGUCGUACUCAUGCUGUUUCAGUUUUAACCCUGUUGGACUCUCCAUCCUCUUGCCUCACAUUUAGUUUUCCCGUUAAAGGUCCUGCCUCAUCCCGUCCCAUUUACAGUAACUCACUGUGUCUCGCCUGUCCCGAUCAGACCCCUUUUCCGCCUCUCUCCUGCAGCUGUUGCUGGAGCUCUCUCUGUUGCUCCCUCUCAUAUAAACUACUGUAUUAACCAACACCAUAACUCUCUUGUCUUGCACCAUGUAAAUUACAACCUGGAAAAAUUUGAGGGCUAAAAGAACGGGGAUGCUAAUCGGGUGUAUGUGUGUGUGUAUAUACAAAAAUAUAAAAGCUUGUGCUCGUCUCAGUUUUUGUUUGUACACCGUUGUUCGAGUGUUUUCGGAUCAGUCGUAUCUGUAUGUUUUGGGGUUUGUAUUUGCUAGUCUUUUUUUUUUUUGAACACUUGAUUUUGAGACAAACAUUCAAUGUUUUUACUGGCAUGUUGACAGGUUUAUAGAUACCAUUUUUUCUUCUUGUCGUCGCUCUUUUUCUUUUCUUUUUCUUUUUUUAAAAAAACAACAACAAAAAACUGUAUGAUGUUCAUAUGAAUGCAUGCGUUCCUGAAAUUAACCAAAGUGGCAGAGAGAUGCAGGAAACUUGGCGGAGAAGCAACUAAGUAAUAUCUAUAAUCGUUUUGAAUCGUACCUUAAACAUAUUUCUUGACCUGUAACUUGUACCAAGGACAGACUACCCCCUCCAUUUGUGGAAAGUUGGUUAUAUUCAGGAGGCGCUACAUGAUUGGAACAAAUGGAAAUCAAACAGCCAAAAAAUAUAGUUUAUAUAAUUGUGUAUUGAUUAAAAUAACAGUGACACCUAGCCCCAUUUUCCAGAACGUUCACGGUACUCUGUGCCAUGUCAAAACGUUUUUUGGUUUUUCUGAUGAUCAGGAACUACCUGCCUUAAUGUAAGUUUAUACGGUGGAAGGAUAUCGGUAUAACGUUACUGCAUCGUCCACAUUUUAGCCCCACAGCGUCCCUUUACAAUGUAAUACAAAAUCAAAUCGCUGAUCCAGUGUCGGUAUUACAUUCCUAUAUUAAAUUACAUUUCUGCUACAAAUGCAUAGCAGUUGAAUGGUGAACUACUUGUCUCAUAACAUCACUGAAGCCCCUUGUUGUUCCUCAGCUCCUCUUGAUCCUGCAUUUUAGUGAAUCCUCUAUUUCCACAGCCCUGUCUGGGAACACAUACGGCAUUCUGGAAAAUGGGGUCUGGUUGACAGCCUUUCCAUCCCACCAUGCUGUUUUUGUACUGCGUUCCUAUUUGCUACCGUUUGUCCCAGGGCGACUGUACGGAGUCGAGCGUGUAUGCAGGCUUGGACCUAACUACCGAAGCGAAGGCCCAAAUCUAAACAGAUUCACGUAUUCAAAGUGGCCAUACUUGAACGCGGUCUAAAGAAGAGCACUUUCCAACGAGCAAUUUCAGAUUAUGAUCUUUCUGGCUCAUUGAUGUGAGUGUUGAAUGUAAAUGGCCUGAAUUUCCGGAGUCUGUUGCUGCAGCUUAGUGUUCGCCAGUUGUGAUCUUUUACAUGAAUGGCACCUCAUUUACGACUACUGAGAAAACUGUACAUGUCGCUGAUGAAUGCUAUGUUCACGACAUAUGGUAGAGAUGGAAAAAAUUCCCAUGUACAACUUGCAAGUGUCAUCCAGACGGGUUAUAAAUCAGAGCUUUCAGAAAAGUCGUCACUACGAGAUGCAAGUUGACAGAAGAGCUAUUUAAAAGUUGGAAACUCCGAUAUGACGUGAAUGUGGCAUAAUCAACGACAUAAUGGUCAAACCCAGGAAUGUCGGAUUGCUGUACAGUUAUUCCUGCUCAGUGCACAGCCAAGCAACCAUCAUCACUUAGGUGUGUGUGUGUGUGUGUGUGUGGUGUGUGUGUGUGUGUGUGUGUGUGUGUGUGUGUGUGUGUCCUCUCUGCUCGUUUUCUUUUUGCGCUCCUGUUCCCGCUCGCCUGUGUGUUUUUCCCCGGCUACCUGUGAACAUACUGGAUGUUUAUUCUUCAACGUGGACGAUUUAACGCUACAUCGUUUCUCAGAUGGCGUGUUUCUUUGAGGGUGUGCGUGUGUAUAAUGUGUGUCUUUGUUGUUCCUGUCGGUGUCUCCUCCCUCCUGUCUUUGUUCUGGAUGUGACUGUAUUAAUUGCGGCCUGGCGGAGCACCACCUGCAGGUCCAGCUCAGUCUGCACUAAUUUCUGCCUGUUGCACUGGGACCCCCCCCCAACAAAUGGACCAACAUGCACUGGAUUCUCUCUCUCUCUCUCUCUCUCUCUCUCUCUCUCUCUCUCUCUCUCUCUCUCUCUCUCUCUCUCAGGGCAGGCCUGUGAUGCUAAAAGACUCCAGAUCCGGAGCACUCACCGGCCUCGCCCUCUUGCAGCAAAAAUCAUUGAUUUGUUUUUUACGGGCUCGAGCUGCGCCAUAGGCGGUUUUCUCAGAAGCCAUAGCCAGCACUUUGGGAUCGGUGUGAGGCUUUUGCGGUGCAUGUGGUGAUAUCCAUCUUAUUUGUUCAACCUCCUCACUCGCACCACGCUUUACUCAAAGGGCUGCCUCCCCCCGUCCUCCUCCUCCCCCCUCUUCUGUCUGCUCCUCCACAGUGGGAUCGGUGAAGACCUUCUAACCCAUAUCACUGACUUUGCCGCCACUUUUCCUCCUGCAGAAAAUCAUUGCCCCUGUCUCGCCUGGAUCACAGAUCACGGAUGGUCAUACAUGCAGGAAACUCGCAUAACUCAAUCAGCACGCCUGCACUUUGUCUUUCCAGCCACGCUCUCUGCUCUCCCAAUGUUGUUUUUCUCUUGUGUCCUCCCUCUUCAGCUUUAAGUUUUGCCUGCUGUGUGUGUUAAAGCUCAUGGAUCGUCGGCAGUAAUUUAUGUCUGUGUAGGAGUGUAUCUGCUCACCAGUAACAUAAAGCCAAGGUGUGUGUGUGUGUGUGUGUGUGUGUGUGUGUGUGUGUGUGUGUGUGUGUGUGUGUGUGUGUGUGUGUGUGUGUGUGUGUGUGUGUGUGUGUGUGUGUGUGUGUGUGUGUGUGUGUGUGUGUGUGUGUGUGUGUGUGUGUGUGUGUGUGUGUGUGUGUGUGUGUGUGUGUGUGUGUGUCCCUGCCGUUACCUGUGCUUUUACAUCUGAGAGAUUUUUAUUUUCUUCUUUUUGACCAUAACCCAUAAACAGUCGUACAGAUAUUUAGUAUGUAUUUCAAGUAUAUUUGGUCACCAGUCAACCAGGCCCUACCUUGCUUUUCUUUUCUUUUUUUUCUUUUUUUUUAUCUUAUCUUGCAGACAUGCCACCAAACAUCUCACCGGGUAACCAUGGGAACGAACCAAGAGGACCAUUUUGCAAUCCUCCUGACACACGCACACACACACACUUCCUCUCUCUUUCUGAGGAGUGUGCGUGUUAGUGAAAACUUAAACACACCAUAUACAUUGAAACAGUAUCGAUGAGUCUAAAGGCCUGUCCGUCAUGAGGCCUGUUUCCAGAUAUUGUUGUUUUUAAAUGGCUGUUCUUAUUAUCGCUAUUGUUGUUCUAUUGGUGAGUUGUUGUAUUUUCUUCUCGUUGGUUAUUUUUUUUUUUUUUUUACAUAAAAGGGAGUUAAGUUGUAUCAUUUUUUUUUUAUAAUUAGGAUGUUUUUAUUUGUAUUUUUUUCUCUUAUGGGCGUGUUUAUUAUUGGCAGUGUUCAAUCUUUAUGAAACCUUUUUUUUUUUUUUUUUCUUUUUGAUUUCCCCUCCAGGAUCUUAUAAGGAAUUAUUUUAAAAGAAGAUAUAAGUAGAUUGUCAAAGAGAUAUGAGUUAUUGAGGGUUAUAGUCUGUAUAUUCUAUGGGUAUUAUGAAUUAAACGAUUAACAAAGAAACAACAGAAUUAUAUACAUAAAUAAAAUUUCCUGAUACUGUUA